AUGAAAAUUUUCGUGAAGACGUUGACCGGCAAGACUAUCGUUCUCGACGUUAUGCCCUCCGACUCGAUCGACAACGUCAAGGCCAAGAUCCAGGACAAAGAGAGCAUCCCGCCCGACCAGCAGCGCCUCAUCUUCGCGGCCAAGCAGCUCGAGGACGGCCGCACCCUCAUCGACUACAACAUCCAAAACGAGUCGACGCUGCACCUCAUCCUCCGCCUCCGCGGCCAGGGCGACCUCCUUUCGAACCACGAGAGAGGAGAGACACGGGCAGUGGAAGGACCUGGCCACCACACCGAGUGA